GGGCGGCGGGCUCUGCACGUGGGCCGCGGCAGAAUGGUAAUAAAGAAAAAGAGAAAAGAUGUUCAUGAGGAACCUGUACAGAAAAAGAAAAAAGUGAAGAGUAGUAGAAGCCAGACUGUCGUUAAAAUUGAGCAAGAUAUUAAAACUGUUAUUAAAAUUGAGGAUGAUGACGAGAUUGAGUCAAAAACAAAGGUAAGGAAAAAGGAGAAUUUAAAAGAAGAUGAAUGUUUAUACCAAUUAGAACUGAAAAAGAAGAAGAAAAACAAGAGAAAGAAAGUUGUUUCCGAAUUACUGAAAGCAGCACGUUCAGAAAGCUUUGUGAAUGUAGAAGGCCAUCUGGAUCCAGAACCACAAGAAGAAUCAGAGGAACAAAUUAAAAUUCACAAAAAGAAGAAAAAAAAAGUCCAAUGUCGUUCCUCCCUGUCACUGAAGAGUAAUCAGAAUAGUGAUGUGGAGCUUUCAAACCAUCAUACAGAUGGGGCUAAGGAAAAUGAAUUUGCUUUUAAAAAAAGCAGAAAGCAUGCUGCCUGGAAUUUGGAAUUGGAUGGUGAAGUAACUAAGAAAAAAAAGAAGGCAGACGUUUUGUAUUUUUCAUUAGAGGACAUCCAGGACAGUGAGCAUAAACAGCCUGAAAAAGUCUCUAAGAAACUACACAGGUACAUUUCACAAGAAAAAGCUCUUAUGGGCAAACCCCACAGAACAGGGAUCACCCAGAAUGAUGAUGAGAGUUAUGUGAGAAGGAAGAGGAAGAAAAAGAAAGAUAAGCCAGACUCGCUAGCAGGCGAUCGGGACAACACCUAUGGAGUUUCUGACAGCCUCUUUACAUUAAGUGACUUCAGAAAAGGGAAAAGAAAGAAUUCCCAGGAAAUUACAAUGACCAAUAGAGAGGGAGAGGACAUUUCUGACAGCUUUGGAAGUAUUAGGGAGACCAAGAAGAAGAAGAGAAGCAGCAAAGACAUUUCUUCCUCAAUAAGUGAAGAUAAUCAAGACUACAGUUACAGAGUUCCUGAUAAGCAUCUCCCAGCAGGGCAAGAAGUUGAGCCUGAGGAAAAAGAGCUUUCUGGAAAAAAAAGCAGGAAGAAUAUCAAGAAUAAUGAAGUCAUCAAGAAGAAAAAGAAAAGGAAGCGUCAGAAAGAGGAGACGGAAAUAACAUAUUCAAAAGUUUCUUUAAACAAUGGCAGUGCUUCUAAAAGCCAAAAAAUAAUGGUUCUAGAAAGCAAGAGAACAAUGAAAGGGAUUGAAAUGGAGCGAGCUGAAUGUGGCACAGAGGACAUUGCAGACAGAGUGUUAUGCAAUAGUAAUCAUAUGCUCUGUGACAGAAAAAGGAAAAAAGGGGAGAAAAGUGCACCACAGGCCUUGGCUGAAGAACCAGGCUCAAAAACAAAUACAAGAAAGAAUAAGAUCAAAACAGAAGAUGUGGCAGAUGAGGCACUGGAACUUGUGGAUGCUGUAACUAUUGUGCAGGAAAAAAAAGGAAACUGUGAUGAAGUCAACAUAGACAAGGUGAGGCGGCAGGCUCUGCAAGAAGAGAUCGAUAGAGAAUCUGGCAAAACUAAGGUUUUCAGUCCCAAAGUGGAAAGGGAUACAAAGUUUGGCCAGUGGAGCACAGCUGCAUUUCAGAGCUCUAAGGAAGAAAUGAAGUUUUUCAGACUGAUGGGUGGCUUUAAAAAGAGCUCUGGGCCUAUCCAGAAUCUCUCAGCAACUACAAACCAACCAAACAUGGCUCUGAACAGGGAAGAGGAGGAGAAGUUACAGCAGGUGCUGAAGAUGGAAUUUGAUAAAGCAAUGGACUUGAAGCAACACAGAGGAAUUGGUCUUGGAUAUCAACCUGCUGCCAGCAAAAAAGGAUACAUAGACAAAUACACAUCUAGAUCUAUAAAAUUUGAAGAUUAAAGUAAUAAAAGGAAUGAAGUUUCCACAGGCAACUUUCUUUUCACUUUCACAUCUCUUUACUCAAAAUAAACCAAUGCUUAGUAAAUCUGACUAGUGAGGCACUUCUAAGCACACGUUCCCUACUGCAUACGCCAGGUUGUGUGGAGCUGGAGCCUCACUUCAGCUAAACAGUAAGUUUUUGAAACUUUUACAAUGUUUUCUACAAGGGAAUAGCCAGCCUCCUCCAAAGGCUGAAGAUAAGUGGGCAAUGCCUGCAAGAAAUCAUAACCUAAUAAAUUUUUCUGAAAUGCUGAUUUCAUAAACUCCUUUUUAGCGACAUCUUUAGUGCUUCAGCAGGAUUUUAGUGCUGUGUAAAAUCUUCAGGUUUCUGCACUCAGUGAGUGGUACAAAGUGAUGGUGCUUUGCUUUGAAGAAAUACUACUGGUAUGCCUACUGAUUUUAUGAGGGGAGGCUUUAAUUCAAAGUAGUUUCUUCAAUAUUACCAUCUUUGUUACGAUAAUGAACAGCACUGAACCUCCUCUAUAUCUGAACUAUGCUCUGGCAGUUGGGUUUUUAAGCAGCAGCUGUUAUCUGUAAAUGAAGGCAAAUGCUUUCUGGAUAGCAGCACCAAAUAUGUGGAUCUAGACUUCCUAAAUUAUAGAAAGCAAAGUCAUUUUAAUGAUGUGCUUAUUGAGUUCAUUGUACAUCAAUCUGAAAGAUACUUCUAACAUUUGUAUUUUCAAACAACCUGCUCUUUCAGUGGCUUUUUAAUAGGAGUACAAAAUAUGAGACUGCAUUUAUGGAUCUCAUGUUCAGAAUUUAAAGCAUUCUGCAAGUCUUGCUUAAAGUUACAAAAAGAGAGUGAAAAACUCAUGUAUUCUGUUACAGGCUGUGCCAUUUGUUAUGGGAGAUGCUGGUGGUAAGUUUUAGUGCAGCUCUGGUUUAUGAUUCUAUGAUCUUCUAGCAGCCUUCCAGUCCCUAAAGGGGCCUACAGGAAAGCCAGUGAGGGACUUUUUACACAGAUGUGUUGUGAUAGGACAAGAGGUAAUGGCUUCAAACUGAAAGAAGGGAAGUUUAGAUUAGAUGUAAAGAAGUUCUCUGUGAGGGUGGUGAGGCUCUGGCACAGGUGCCCAAAAGGCUGUGGCUGCCCCAUCCCUAACAGUGUUUAAGGCCAGGCUGGAUGGGGCUUGGAGCUACCUGGGCUAGCGUCCCUACCCAUGGGAGGAGGUUGGAAGGAAAUAAUCUUCAGGAGCACUUCCAACCCAAACCCUUGUGUCAUUCUGUGAUCUCAUCAACUGAACAACUACAUUUCUUGCUCUUUUACACUUUCCACAAUAGCCUUCUCCCAUGAACUGCUCUGUCUGGAAGUGGCUGCCUCCACACUCACCAAAACAGCAACUGGGUCCAUCUUGGGCAACUCCUGUGGGGAAAUGAAAAUUGUGCAGAGGGUCCAGCUUAAGGGGUUGCCAUGAAUCUAUUCCCAUACCUGGGAAGAGGGAGAUGCUGAACCACUUCUUGCAAGGUUCUGGACUUGUCUUUAAGGAGACCAUCUCCUGCAAAAUGUCAUUUAAAGCCACUGCUACCUCAGAGUGAGGCUGGUUUGCACCAGUGGUCUCAAAGCUCAGUGAGUAGCUUCAGCUGGCUCUUCUAGACUUCGUCUGUUGCUUUACUUAAAUUCUGGAGAGGAAGUUCUGUUCUCUCUUCUGAUGUAAGAAAAAUACUGAAUUCAUUCCCUCAGCUAUUUACCUGGCAAAGAAAAGAAAAACAAAACGUAAAGGAAGAGGUAGGAAAACAUCAACUAGUGACUUUAUUUAGGAGGACAGGGAGAGCGUAUACAGCUUUAUGCUGCAGAGCCAGUCUUGGAUAGAGAGUGGCUGGUCUUGCACUGCCACUGAUAAAGAUGCUGAAGGCAAUGUUAGCCUUGUCUUUGGCUAUGGGCUCUUUUUCCCAUCCAGAACUGUGUAUCAGUGUGUUGCUUGACUAUAGCUUUGUGAACAUAUCUUGAUACUACCAUGCACAGGACAAUGU